CAAAAAAAUAUAUACACACGGUAAAAACGCGUAAAAAAAAAGGCAAGCAAAUUAAGUUUUCCUUUUUUAUGCUAUUUUUAUUUCUCUAAUGGAUCUUAAUUCGGCCAUCACAUUAGAAGGUUCUUCUCAUCUGGUUGUCAAGUUCUUUGAAUGUGGAUUGACACAUAUUUUAUACCAAAGAGGAAUCUACCCCUCAGAUGACUUUGAUGUCACAACAAAAUAUGGAAUGAAUACAGUUGUCACAAAUAAUCCAGAAUUGAGACAAUAUAUUGAUAAAAUAAUCAAACAGAUAGAAAUUUGGCUCAAGAGUAAUAGUAUAAGUAAACUUGUCAUUGUCAUUCGAAGCGUCGAAACAGAUGAAGUACUUGAACGAUGGCAUUUUGAUAUUGAAUUAAAUAAUGGAGAGAACGGCAUACCUAUGCCAGAAAAUAUACCACCUGAGCAAGCAGUAGAGAUACAAAAGGAGGCAAUAAGACAGAUCAGAGGCAUCUUGAGGCAGAUUACAUCUAGUGUAUCUUAUUUACCUGAAUUUAAAGAAGAAUGUACAUUUAAUGUUCUUGUCUAUGGUGACAAGGAUAUCGAAGCACCCGUUGCAUGGAGUGACAGUGAUGCUAGCUUAAUUAAAGGAGGAGGAGAACAUGUGAAAUACAAACCAUUUUCUACACUAGUGCAUAAAGUAGAGCCCUUUGUUGCUUACAAGCCAGAUGAUGAUUACAUGUAAAAUUUACUGGAUUUGUAUCGGAUUUUAAAUAAAAAGAGAAAGAGAGAGAAAGA